AGCGGGAGGGCGGCGGAGGCAUCACCGCAUUGCUGCUGCUGCUGCUGCUGCUGCUGCCGCUGCCGGUGCCGCCGGUGCUGCCGGUGCUGAGCCUCCCGGCCGGCCCCGCCAUGCCACCGCACCCGCCGCCCCCCCCGGCCCCCCGCCCGAGCCAGCCCGGCCGGCCGGGGCAGCCCGAGCUGGAGGGCAGCGAGGAGGGGGCUCGGAGCUGAGCGACCCACCGCCCCUCCGGGCUGCGCCGGGCGGCUGCUCCGCUUCCGUUUCCUUCCUGCUCUUGGCGUUUGGCCUCUUUUUUUUCCUAGCUUUCCCCCCCUUUUUUUCUUUCGCUCUCUCUUUCUUUUCCUUUUUUUUCUUCAUUUUUCCCCUUCUGUUAUUUCUUCUCCCUUUCCCCUUCUUUCCCACCUUUUAUUUAUCUUUCCCCCCCCUCAUUUCCCCCUUUUAUUGCCUUCCUACCUCCCCCAUUCUUAAUUCUUCCCCCCCCCAUUUAUUUUCCCUUUCCCCUUUUAUUUCCCCUUUUCUUCCCCCCCUUCCCUUCCCAUCCCAUCCCUUUCCCUUUUAUUUCCUUCCCUCCUUUCUAUUUUCUCCUUUUUUUUUCUUUCAUUUUUCCUUUUACAUUUUUCACCUUUUAUUUUUUCCCCCCUCCCUUUUAUUUUCUCCUUUUAAUUUCCUCUCCUUUUAAUUCCCCUCUUUUUCACCUAUCUUUUUUUUUUCCUCUUUUUUUCUCCUUUUAUUUUUUUCUUCUCCUUUCCCACCCCCCCACCCCCCUCCUUCUCCCCCACCCCCGUUCCCUGCCUUGGAUGGUUUUUAGGUGGAGUCGUUUGCACCAAAACCCAAUAGCUGCUGCUGUUCUUGCUGCUAUUUUUUUUUUCCCCCUUUCUCCUUUUUUUUUUUUAUUUUUUUUUUUAAUGAUACUGUUUCCACAGCAGAGGAAGAGUGAACUGAGCCUCAACAUACUCCCAGAGAAUGAAUAAUCACAAGAAACUGGCUUAAAAGCAGCUCCCUGGAUCUGGUGCAUGAUUUCGAUUGAGUUUGAUUUGAUUUGAGAUUGAAUUUUUUUUUUUAGGGUUUUGGGUUUGGUUUUGUUUUUUUUUAUUUUAUUCUUUUCUUUCCUCCCCCUCCCCUCCCCCUCCCUCCCUCCCUCCCUCCCCCCCCCCCAAGUCAUCAUUCGUGUUUCAUUUUCUGCAUUUUUCUUCUUCUUCUCCUUUUUUUUUCACCUUUUGGGGGAUUUGCAAACCGAAUUACAUGCAUGUCCAGUGGGGGAAGGUUUAAUUUUGACGAUGGAGGGUCGUACUGUGGAGGCUGGGAGGACGGAAAGGCUCAUGGCCACGGAAUCUGUACCGGCCCGAAGGGUCAAGGUGAAUAUUCGGGCUCCUGGAGUCACGGCUUUGAGGUCUUGGGGGUCUACACUUGGCCCAGCGGCAACACUUACCAGGGCACCUGGGCGCAGGGCAAGCGCCAUGGCAUUGGCAUGGAGAGCAAAGGGAAGUGGGUGUACAAAGGAGAGUGGACCCAUGGAUUUAAGGGACGGUAUGGGGUCCGAGAGUGCACUGGAAACGGAGCCAAGUACGAAGGCACCUGGAGCAAUGGAUUACAGGAUGGCUACGGGACAGAGACCUACUCGGAUGGAGGGACAUACCAGGGCCAGUGGGUCGGAGGGAUGCGCCAGGGUUACGGCGUCCGGCAGAGCGUUCCCUACGGCAUGGCUGCGGUUAUCAGGUCACCCCUGAGGACGUCCAUCAACUCCCUGCGCAGCGAGCACACCAAUGGCACGGCGCUCCACCCCGACUCCUCGCCGGCGGUGGCCGGCAGCCCCGCGGUCUCCCGGGGUGGCUUCGUCCUCAUGGCCCACAGCGAUGCCGAGAUCCUCAAGAGCAAGAAGAAGGGCAUCUUCCGGCGGUCGCUGCUGAGCGGGCUCAAGCUCCGCAAGUCGGAGUCCAAGAGCUCCUUGGCCAGCCAGCGGAGCAAGCAAAGCUCUUUCCGGAGCGAAGCUGGGAUGAGCACGGUCAGCUCCACUGCCAGCGACAUCAACUCCACCAUCAGCUUGGGCGAGGGUGAAGCUGAGCUCUCCGUCAUCGAAGACGACAUCGACGCCACCACCACCGAGAUCUACGUGGGCGAGUGGAAGAACGACAAGAGGUCAGGCUUCGGGGUGAGCCAGCGCUCGGACGGGCUGAAGUACGAAGGGGAAUGGGCCAACAACAAGCGCCACGGCUACGGCUGCAUGACCUUCCCCGAUGGCACCAAGGAGGAGGGCAAGUACAAGCAGAACAUCCUGGUCAGCGGCAAGAGGAAGAACCUCAUCCCGCUGCGGGCCAGCAAGAUCCGUGAGAAGGUGGACCGAGCCGUCGAGGCUGCCGAGCGCGCGGCCACCAUCGCCAAGCAGAAAGCGGAGAUCGCGGCCUCCAGGACCUCUCACUCCAGGGCCAAGGCGGAGGCGGCUGUGACGGCGGCGCAGAAAGCCCAGGAGGAAGCGCGGAUCGCCAGGAUCACUGCCAAAGAGUUUUCGCCUUCCUUCCAGCACAGGGAGAACGGGCUGGAAUGCCAGCGACCGAAGCGCCAGAACUCGAGCGAUGACAUUGAGGUCCUCUCCACCGGGACACCUCUCCAACAAGAGAGCCCCGAGCUGUACCGCAAGGGGACCACCCCGUCCGACCUGACUCCCGACGACAGCCCGCUGCAGAGCUUCCCUGCCAGUCCCUCCUCCACCCCACCCCUGGGCCCUUCCUGCAGGAACAAGAGCGCUCACUUCUCCAGGCAGGUCUCGGUGGACGAAGAGAGGGGUGGGGAGAUCCAGAUGUUGCUUGAGGGACGUGGCGGGGACUACUUGCGACCCAACAGCUGGAGCGAAGAGAAGGUGGGCGGGACGCGCAGCGUGAGAAGUGGGACCCUGCGCAGCAGUCAGCUGGGGCCAGCCUCUGUCCCUGAAGACUACAGAGGGCGGAGCGGGGGACACAAACAUUCGGCCUCCAACCACAAGCAAAGAGAGAGGUGGACAGAUUCCCCAGCCACAGUUUCAUGGACUUCCCACCACAGAUCCCAUAACCACAGCUCAGGGAGCUCCAAGCUACUUGAGCUGGAUGAGGAGAAGAUGAGCAAUUACGAGAUGGAGAUGAAGCCCCUCAUGAGGAUGGAUUCUUAUAUGCAAGAGAUUCACACCCAAAAAAGACACUAUAGCAAAGGGGGACCCUGCAGGAGCAUGUCUGAUGACCACCGUGGGGAAGAUCGGGGCUUUGGGGUUCAGAGACUAAGGUCUAAGUCCCAGAACAAAGAGAAUUUCAGGCCAGCUUCCUCUGCCGAGCCCACGGUGCAGAAACUGGAAAACCUGAGAUUCGGGGACAAAGCUGAACCUCGGCUACUAAGGUGGGACUUAACCUUCUCCCCACCACAGAAAUCUUUACCUGUUGCACUAGAAUCUGAAGAGGACAAUGGGGAUGCGCUCAAAUCCAGUACGGGCUCAGCUCCCAUCUUGGUAGUCAUGGUGAUCUUACUAAACAUUGGAGUCGCCAUUUUGUUUAUUAACUUUUUCAUCUAACUCAAGAACUGUCUUGUUUGCAAAAAUAACAGUUACAUGUAUGAAUGGGGAGGGGGGGGGAGGGGGGGGAAGGGAAAAGAACCCAACACAACAAAACGAAACCAAACAACAAACACACAAAGAACAAAACAAACAAAUGGAGGAGAGGAGGGGAAAAAAAAAAAAAAGAAAAAGAAAAAAAGAGAAAAAGGAAAACAAACAAAAAAAAAAAAAAGAAAAAGGGGGAGAAAAUAAAUCCUAACUUGAACUGUCCUAGGACAAUUUCCAAGUCUUUUCACAGAAGAACAACAAAUGAUUGAGUCUCACUCACAGUUUGCCUUUUUUUCCUGGGUAAUGUUUUUUGGAUUUUAGCCAAAAUUCUUUGCUUGUAUAACACUAUGCUGUGUGGCAUGGCAAAAAAAAAACAAAACAAAACAAAAAACAACAAAUGCUAUCGACACUCUGCCCCCCCCCCCUCCCCCAACACUGGAAAGGAUGAGAAGGAAUCCCAACCAAAUAAAAACUUCCUUUCUCCUUCCCCUUGCCCCUUCCUUUCACCCCUCUCCCUCCCACAAAAAAAAAUAAACAACCCAACAAGAACAACAAAAAAAAUAUUUGUUAACAAUAGGAAUGAACCCCAAAAAUGGAGACUGGAUGAGGGGACCACGGGGAGAGUUUGUCUGAUGUAUGUAUGUACAGGUCCUGGGAUGCUCCAGCCUGAGUUUCCCAGGAGAACCCACAACAGCUUUAAUGAUAUUAUGGGAGAGGAAAAGCAGACUCAGGCUUUUCUUCCCUCUCCUUUUGCAGACAGAGGAAUGUUGCUGUAAGAAGGAGGAGAGAAGGAGCGUGGGGAAGGCAUGAACCCUGUCUAGAUGGGAAAGACAGGAGAAGGGCAUUGGGCCCUGGUUUGUUAUUUGAUCCUAAGACAAAGCAGCAAUUGGUGUUUGGUUAAAUUUCUUGGGGGGGGGGGAGGGAUAGGGAACACAAGGUGUGAGCAGCAACCCCACCACCCUCCUGCCUCCAACCCUCCUCCCCAGGCUGCUCCCUGCCAUGGCAAGACUGGAAAACUACCCAGUGCUACUUGAAAUUCACAGCCAGUUUCUCUUGGGUUAAAAUAUGUACCCAGAUUCUCCCCCCCCUAAAAAACAACAACUUGCAGGCACCUUCAGCAGCACAAAUUGAGCAGCUGCUGGUCAUUGUGCCACGCUCACCAACACAUAAAGAGUAUUCCAUCCCAAUUUCUCUUGGGUACAUACCCUUGGGUACAUACCCAGAUCCUCCACCCCUAAAACCCAACAAUUGCAGGCACCUUCAGCAGCACAAAUUGAGCAGCUGCUGGUCAUUGUGCCACGCUCACCAACACAUAAGGAAUAUCCCAUCCCAAACCUCUGCAUCCAUAGAGAUGUCAGGGAGCAGGCUAUUGGGGAGGAACUGGGGAGAGAGAGUUCGAUUCUGAUCCAGCAAACCAAAACCAUUUCUCAAAGGCACCUGGGGAGGAGCACUGGAGCAUGUCCCAGAGAGAGGAGGGAGAGGGUGGUGGGUUUGUCUCUUACAUCUUGCCGUGGACUGUUUCAGACAUCAUGCUUGGGCUCUGAGCAUGUAGUAUUUUGCACUUUGUAAUGCAGGAUGUAUAUUCCAGCUUCCAACAUGUCCCUGUAAAGAAAAAGAAAAACAAAAAAAGAGAAAAAAAAGAAAAAAAAAAGGGAAAAAAAAAAGAAAAAAAACCAAACCAAACCAACAAACCAGAAACCCAUCAUUGGCAAUGGCAGCCUCUAAGGAUGUAUUCUUUUCUUUUUCUAUGUUACUUAAUUUGUUGGUUUCUACCAUCUUUGUAAUAUGCCUGCCUUGAUUUUUCUCCCCUCCCCUGUCCCCACUGAUAAGAUGCAUACUCAUUAAAGAUGCCGUAUCCCUGUUCUGAGCUGUCAUGGUCCCGAUCCCAAGGGUGUGUGGUCUUAGCUCAAGUGCUUGGGAAUGGCUCUGAUGUCCCCCUUGCUGCUCAAAAGGUUUCCUCCCCUGCCCGCGUCGUCUUGCCCCGCCGUGGAGAUUGGCGUUUGCCGCUGAUCCGCCGCCACCACCAGGUACGGUGCAAAGGGUUUGUUAGGGAUUUGGUACAUCCAGGGACCAAAUCCCACCCCCAGUUCUACCCACUGCAGCUCUGUUCUCCAGGAGAAGGGGUGCUAGUGUGGCAGCAACCCGAGGGUGGGAUGAAACCCACACACAGAUAUAUUUUGGGGUGGGAAAGGAGGGGAGGGGGGAAUAUCUCCCUCACCAUUUCACAUACAGAGUUGUUGGGUACAGCCCUGACUUGUGGACUCAGCUUUGCUUUGCUUCUGUUUUAGCUGUUUCUCUGCUACCUUUUCAGCAGAUUUCUUAUUACACUGCACUGGAUUGCUAUAUUUUUAACCAGAAAUAAACUAAGGAUUAGAGCA